AUGGCGGCCCGUAACCUGACCUCCAGGUCCCCGCACAUGGAGUCGAACUCCAGUGGGGGUUCCAGCACUGAUCCGUUUAACCAGGAAUACGAGCCACAGAGUUACGAUGAGUCCUCAUCCAAUUCCAACGGUUCCAAAUCACCAGAGGAAGGUAAGCAGUUCCUUGAGUAUAACAACAGCUAUCGCGACUCGACCUCAUCCAUAGUAAAUCCAUUUGGGUCCAACAACAACCUGAACACACAGCCUCUUGACUAUGACAGAUAUCCACAAGGAUUAACUGGCUCUCGUGCUGUUUCCAUGGGCUCCACUGGCUCCCAACUAGAAGGUGUCCGUGCAAACCGUUACAGUGACGGUUCCUCGCAGCUGUCAGAGAAGUCUUCGAAUCCAUUUUUGGUGGACACAGAUUUCUCUCCGUUUGGAGGGUAUCCGGCCUCCUCUUUUCCCCUGCACAUAGACGAGAAAGAGGAAGAUGAUUAUUUACAUAACCCAGAUCCUAUCGCCGAUGCAGAGUAUGACAAGCACAGAUUCAGGAAUGAUUUGAAAAGCAUGGACAAGCGUUCUUUGAGUGCUCUUAUAGGAUGCAUUCUCCUGGCUCUUGGCGCAUUGUGUUUAUUUGUUGUCUGGCCAGCUCUGACUUUCACAGGUGUUACAGACCACUUGGACUCUAAACCAUACCAUGACACGUAUGUGCUUUUGACCGAUUACGUUUAUCCACAACUUAGUGCAAUCAGAACCUCUUUAGUCGAUGAAGACACCCCGGAAAGUGCGAAAACGAGAACGGCAAAGGAUGGCAGUUUGUGGAAGCUGGUGUUCAGUGAUGAGUUUGCUGCAGAGGGUCGUACGUUCUACGAUGGUGAUGACCAAUUUUGGUAUGCUCCGGACUUCCAUUAUGAUGCUACGAAGGAUCUUGAAUGGUAUGACCCAGAUGCGGUCACUACCAAAAACGGAACUCUCCAGCUUCGUAUGGACGCUUACAAGAACCACAACUUGUUUUACAGAUCGGGUAUGUUGCAUUCCUGGAACAGGAUGUGUUUCACGCAAGGUGUUAUGGAGGUCUCUGCAAAAUUCCCCAAUUAUGGUAACGUUUCUGGUCUGUGGCCUGGUAUGUGGUCUUUGGGAAAUCUAGCUCGUCCUGGAUACCAAGCAACAAGUGAAGGCGUGUGGCCUUUCUCCUACGAGGCAUGCGAUGCUGGAAUUACUGCUAAUCAAUCUUCCUCAGAUGGAAUUUCUUAUCUUGCAGGUCAGAAGUUGAACAGUUGUACCUGUGAUGGAGAAGACCACCCUAACCAGGGAACAGGCAGAGGAGCUCCUGAAAUCGAUAUCAUUGAAGGCGAAGUUGACACUGGUAUUCGUAACGGUGUGGCAUCUCAAUCGUUCCAGACCGCUCCUAUGGAUAUUUGGUACAUGCCAGAUUACAAUUUCAUCGAAAUCCACAAUGCUUCGAUUACUACUGUUAACACCUAUUGCGGUGGUCCGUUCCAACAGGCCGUGUCCACAACCACCACAUUAAAUACCGCUUGGUACGAGCUGGGUGAAGGAACAAGAUACUUCCAGAAGUACGCAUAUGAGUACCUCAAUGACAACGACAGUGGAUACAUCAGAUGGUUUGUUGGUGACAACCCAACUGCUACCCUUCACGCAUAUGCUCUUGCUCCAAACGGUAAUAUUGAUUGGAGACGAAUUUCUAAGGAGCCGAUGUCUAUGAUUUUGAACUUUGGUAUUUCGAACAAUUGGGCUUACAUCGAUUGGCCUUCGAUUGAUUUCCCUGCAGUUAUGGAGAUUGACUACGUGAGAAUCUACCAACCUAAUGACUCUGUGAGUCUCACUUGCGAUCCCCAAGAUUAUCCAACUUACGACUACAUCAAAAGCCACCCCACCGCAUAUGAAAAUUGGAACCACACAACUUGGAAGAGUGCUGGUUACUCUUUUCCAAAGAACAAACUCACUGGCUGUUAA